GCUCGGUCGCUCGCAGAUAAUAUGGUGAAGGUUUUUUCGCUGGUGGUCGGGCUUCCCUUCCUUGCGGCAUCCGCUGUCAACGCCUACGCCGCCCCGGGGGCAUGCUCUGGAAUUUGCACGAACACACACGACCCGUCCAUCAUUCAGAGCGCCAACGGCACGUACUACCGCUUCUCUACGGGCAACAAAAUUGCUGUUCAUACCGCACCGGAUAUCUCGGGCCCAUGGAAAUACCAAGGCGCUGCGCUUCCCGAGGGGUCCAGCAUCGAUCUGAAGGGCAACGAUGAUCUGUGGGCCCCCGACGUGCAGAAGGUUGGCGACUACUACUACCUCUACUACUCUGUUAGCAGCUUCGGGACGCAGAACUCUGCCAUCGGCGUGGCCCGGUCUAGCUCCCUGGACGUGGGGACGUGGGAGGACGCCGGUUCCACGGGCGUCACCAGCGACUCGAAAAAGCCGUAUAAUGCUAUUGAUCCCAACCUGGUCGCGGUCGACGGGGGUUACUAUUUAACCUUCGGCAGCUACUGGCAAGGCAUUUACCAGACUCACAUGCGUGACCCACCGGUUCUGUCGAGUUCUACUCCGGCUCAGAUUGGUUUCACGUCCAACUUUGAGGUGCUCGAGGGACCAUUUAUCUUCCACCACGGCGACUUUUACUACCUCUUCAUGUCGAAGGGCAAGUGCUGUGGCUAUGAUAAGUCCAAGCCGGCGGCUGGUAAAGAGUACCGUAUCCUCGUGUGCCGGUCCUCAAAGGCAACGGGUGGAUUCGUGGACAAGGAGGGUGUGGACUGUGCGAAGGACGGCGGCACCGUUGUGCUUGAGUCGCACGACAACGUGUAUGGACCAGGAGGCCAGGGUGUCUACGAUGACCCGAAGCACGGACCUAUCCUGUACUACCACUACGUUGAUACGACUGUCGGAUACGCCGACGGUGACAAGCGCUUUGGCUGGAACACGAUGGAUUUCUCGAGCGGCUGGCCUGUUGUUUAAGUUCACCAAAAGUACUAAUGAGAAUCCUCCAGUGGUUGGCUUCCAAGUUACGCCGCAAACCUAUUCGAGCUGAAGCUACAACCCACGUGUAC